UAGCGCUUAGGCUGGUGCAGGGAACAGUUGCUGCAGAUUGGGACACCUCAACAGGAUUAAUACUUGCCUUACAACAUGGUUACAGUCACGGAAAGUCAAGACAAGCUGAGCGCUGCCAGCAAGGACGCUCUGGGUGAGGCGGAGUUCAAGAAGCGCGACGUCAACUGGACAUUGGUGCUCUUCUAUAUACACCUCUAUAUAUUGGGAAGCUAUGGCACUUAUGUAACAUUCACGAGCGCCUCAUGGCCAACCAUUUUAUUCACUGCUAUGUACACCCUGAUGGGCAUACUGGGUGUCACGGUGGGAGUUCACAGGCUAUGGGCUCAUCGCUCCUUCACAGCAACAGCACCGCUGCGUGUGUUCCUCAUGAUCUGCCAGACAAUGGCGGGACAGGGAUCCAUAUACAGUCGAGUUCAAGCGCAUCGCCUGCAUCAUGCCAAGUUCCAUUGCGAUGAGGAUCCCUAUUACAGCAAGCAAAGCUUUCUCUAUGCCCAGCUGCAUGGCAAUCUGUUAGGCUACUCGCGUCAGCAGGAGCUGGCUCUGAAGGAUGUGGACAUGACAGAUAUUGAAAAUGACGAAAUCGUUAUGUUUCAGAAAAAAUACUACGCGCUGCUGUUUAUAAUGCUGAGUGUACUACUGCCAUUGAAUACGCCCUUCCAGUACUUUGGUGAGACUCUUGCCGUGUCCAUGUUCGUGGGCUUCUGGCUGCGCAGUCUGAUUGUUGUGAACGUGGGCAACUUGGUCAACUCGGCGCACUUCCUAUGGGGCAUACACAAAGGCUUCAAGCCCACCGACUCCAACAGCAUAUUCUUUAUUACCAAAUCCUUUUGGCCGCAGUUCCAUUAUCUGCUGCCUCACGACUAUCAAAGCGGCGAGUUUGGCGGCUAUGCAAAUGGCACUGGCUCCAUGAUGAUACGUGUCUUGGCCGCACUCGAUCUUGCCAAGGAUCUGCGCACAAUCUCAUCGGUGGCUGUGCGUCAAGGACUGACAGAAGCUGUGGAAACUGGACUGCCUAUUGUGGAUUGCAUUGAGAAGCAGGUGAAGCUGGAGGAGCAGACCAGACCGGAUAAUCACUACCUCAAUCGUGAAAAGUUUAUGUGAAUUGGUGCGGUCAUAGGGCUGAUUUUUGUUGUUUAAAUAAACGAACGAACAACAAAAACGCA